AAAUAACAACUUCUCAAGGCCUUAAUUGUCAGACAUGGCCCAACACAUAGACACAGCAUGACACGUGCCUGCCAUGUGUCAGAUGCUAACUUAAUUACUUUUAAUAAGCCACAUUUUCCAAACAGAUCCACGCACGUGUUGGACACAUUCAGGACACCACUUGCAGCAAAAGACAGCCUUUCAUCCCUUUCUGGUAUUAAACCCAACCAAAAAAAUCCAGUAAGCUACGUCUCUGUCCAUCGAUUUGAGUCCUAGAGUCAUGGUUGUCAUACACACCGACCCCUUGCAGAGACGGAUCAGCCACAGCCAGAGGAAGUUGCCAGAGCAGCAGUGGCAGGAGGAAGUCACCAGAGAAAACUCACAGGGAUACAUAUGUUUGACACAUGGACGACCUCUAGAUGUCUGCGUUCUUCGCCGACAUGAUGACUAUCGUGAACGACCACCAGAUGCCUACGUUCUUCACCAACAUGAUGACCACCUUUUGUUCGCCGACAUGGUGACAAAUGGACGACCCCCGGAUGUCCACAUAUACUUGAAGACUUUAUGGAAAUACUUGAAGAUUUUUCAGCACAAAGAAGCUUGAGUUGUGAUUUUGCAAUUUCGAGAUCAAGACCCUUGUGGGCCCCACACGAACCUACUGGGCCCCACACAACUCAUCUAUGCCCCACAUAGCUCGGACCUCCCUUUUGACUUUAUGUAAUUUAAUUAAUUGCAUUAUGAGUUGUUAGGUAUUUAAUUUAUGAGAGGAUUGAGUGAUUAAUAAGUUUUAAUUUUGAACAUUAAGUAAGUUAUUUCCAAUGCUUGUAUGGGGACAUUUAGGUCAUUUUAUUAUUAGGUCUUUAUUUCCCCUAUAUAUAUUAUAUUGUAAACGCUGGAAGAGGCAGCCAAGUAUUAUUGUUGAAUGAAAAAGAUUCUUCCUUUG